GUUCUGGCAAAGGUUUGUUUCUACACAUUUUGGAGGUCACGAAUACACCCAUUUUUUCAAAGUGGGUUUCUAUUCAGACUUGUCAAAUGUUUGGAGUUGAAGACUAAAGUUAAAUCUUGAUCGUUUUCAACCUUGGUAAAAUGAGAGCAACUACAUUUAUGGCUCACUCAUCAUCAGAGCAGAAGCUGUGUAGUGUGAGAUUUGUAUUGGUUGUGUUGGGUUUGUGUUUGGUUCUUUACAUUGUGAGACCACCAAGGCUGUGGCACAGCUCUACUCUUUUGGCUUCAUGUCCUCCUUGUUCUUGUGAUUGCUCUCAGGAUUCCAUCCUCUCUCUGCCUUUAGAUGUCUUCAACAAUUCAUUGGAAGACUGUGGUAAAGAUGAUCCUGAUAUGAAUGACGAGAUGAAAAAGGACAUUAUUAGUCUAUUGUCAGAGGAAAUUAACUUGCACAAAAAUGUCACUGAUGACAAUCUGGAACACACCAAUGCUCUAAUUAUGAGUGCCAAGAGAGCAUCUUCACAUUACCAAAAAGAGACGGAGAAGUGCAACAUGGGGAUGGAAGCAUGCGAGGGUGCUAGGGAAAUGGCUGAAGCUGCAUUGAUAGAAGAGCGCAAGCUCUCGGCAUUGUGGGAGAUAAGAGCCAUUGAGCUGGGAUGGAAAGACAAGUGAAGACACACUUUAUUCAAGGAAAUUAACCAUUCAAAAUUUUUUCUCUCGUACAAAUAUAGCUGCCAUAUGCGUGGAUAUGCACCCUAUUGACUAAGGGUGUGUUUGGUAUGAAGGAAAAUAUUUUUCGGAAAAUAUUUUCCAAUUUUUUCAUGUUUGGUUGGCCUAAAUGUUUUGGUAACGUAUUAGCGAUUAUCGGGCGGUAAUCGGACGGUUUAUCGGAUAAAUCAAAUAGACAAUACCUUUGUAUUGCAUUCAAUUACCAUGGUGAA